UUCGUGCCGUUAAGUUCCCUGCAUUCCCUCGACCAAAAAAUUUGCAGUUUUUAUCACUCGAAAUUAGAUCAAAAUAGAGUGAGAGACCGAAAUGGGUUUGAAGCUGUACGUCGAUCGGCUGUCUCAGCCGUCGCGUGCCGUCUUAAUCUUCUGCAAGGUGAACAAUAUUGAUUUCGAGGAGGUGAGGAUUGAUAUUGGCAAAGGUCAGCACAAAUCACCAGAAUUCAAAGAAAUCAAUCCAAUGGGGCAGGUUCCAGCAAUUGCUGAUGGAAGAUUUAAACUCUUUGAGAGUCAUGCCAUUCUGAUCUAUCUCGCUUGUGCUUUUCCGGGAAUUUCAGAUCACUGGUAUCCUGCUGAUCUUUUCAGCAGAGCCAAAAUUAACUCAAUAUUAGCCUGGCAUCACUCCAACCUACGUCGCGGUUCAGUAACCUUUAUUCUGAAUAGUACACUGGCACCUGCAUUUGGUCUUCCGUUGAACCCUCAAGCAGCAGAGGAGGGUGAGAUACUUUUGCUGUCUUCUCUCUCAAAUAUUGAAUCCCUUUGGCUUAAAGGAAAUGCAAAGUUUUUACUGGGAAAUCCUCAGCCAUCCAUUGCUGAUCUCAGCCUUGUUUGUGAAAUUAUGCAUUUGGAGGUUGUGGAUGAUAAUCAUCGGCAGAGAAUAUUAGAACAUCAUGAAAAGAUUGUGCAGUGGAUUGAAAACGUGAAGAACUAUACACAUCCUCAUUUUGAGCAAGUGCAUGGCGUUCUCUACAAACUGAAGAAGAAGUUGCACAGCAAGUCGAGCUCUACAGCACGGUUAUAUUCAAAGCUUUGACAUGCUAAAGGGAUUUUUACUCAUAAACAUACCGUGAACUGUCUAUGAAGUAAUAGAUUUAAGUGUUUCCUGUAAUUAAGUUGCUUAGUGACUUCCUUUGCUUGGAAGCCACUAUUUGUGUAGAAAUCUGUUUGCCUAUGACUUGCCCUUGGAAAUGGAUAUUUGUUUAUCAUCAUGAAAUACAAUAUGCAAGCUGCUGAAAUUUAUGGCAA